AUUAACCCCCUAGCUCAACCCAUCAUCUACCUCACCGUCUUCACAGGCACACUUAUUACAGCACUGAGCUCCCACUGAUUCUUUGCCUGACUGGGCCUAGAAAUAAACAUACUCGCUUUCAUCCCAGUCCUAACCAAAAAAACAAGCCCCCGCUCCACAGAAGCCGCUAUCAAAUAUUUCCUCACACAAGCAACCGCAUCCAUAAUUUUCCUAAUAGCCAUCCUCCACAACAACAUAUUUUCCGGACAGUGAACCACAGCCAAUACCACCAACCCAUAUUCAUCUCUAAUAAUUGUAACCGCCCUAGCAAUAAAACUAGGAAUAGCCCCCUUCCACUUCUGAGUCCCAGAAGUCACCCAAGGAGUCCCCCUAACAUCCGGCCUACUCCUCCUUACAUGACAAAAAUUAGCCCCCAUUUCAAUUAUAUACCAAAUAUACCCAUCAGUAGACACAAACAUCCUCCUCACCCUCUCAAUUCUAUCUAUCCUGGUAGGCAGCUGAGGCGGACUAAACCAAACCCAACUACACAAAAUCCUGGCAUACUCCUCAAUCACUCACAUAGGAUGAAUAGUAGCAGUACUACCCUACAACCCAAACAUCACUAUCCUCAACCUAAUCAUCUAUAUUACCCUGACAACUACCACAUUCCUAAUUCUCGACUUAAACUCUAGCACCACAAUCCUACUGUUAUCCCGCACCUGAAACAAACUGACAUGACUAAUACCCCUAAUCUCAUCAACCUUACUAUCCUUAGGGGGCCUGCCCCCACUAACCGGCUUCCUACCCAAAUGAGCUAUCAUUGAGGAAUUCGCAAAAAACGACAAUCUUAUUGCUCCCACAAUCAUAGCCAUUAUCUCUCUCCUCAACCUCUACUUCUACGCACGCCUAAUUUACAUCACCUCAAUCACACUACUCCCCAUGUCUAACAACGUAAAAAUAAAAUGACAAUUCGAAAAUACAAAACCCGCCCCUCUCCUCCCCACACUCACUAUCCUUACCGCCCUACUUCUACCUAUCUCCCCUCUCAUCCUAUCCAUCCCAUAG